GUUGUUGCAAGAGGGCAGGCUGUUUUUAGCGCCGCGACCGAGGCGCCCGGAGACCGACGGCUGCCGUGGUGGUAUCGUAGCAUCACCACACCACGCGCCGCAGCCGGGCAGCCCGUCCCGCGAAGCACAGCAGAGGAACAGCUAGAUGGAGUCAAGGCGGGCCCAGCUGGAGGCGCGCGCCCUGGCCAAUAGAAGACCGCGCACGCCGGGCGAGAUGAGAGGAGAUAGAAACCACAGCCCGACGCACGGCGACGACCUGGCCCGAGGCAGCGCCGUUUCUCGAAGGUCGGACGACGACGUGACCGAGGGCGACUCCUACCUCAGUCCAGUCAGGAGCAAGUGGCGCCAGCCGCCCCCUGCUGACUUAACGAGGCCGAAAUCCACCGCUCGAGAGAGACUACGGGAAGCGAGGGAUCGCGACGGUUCGUUAAAUGACCUCCAGGAGCCGAGUCUCGAGCGGCCAUCUAUUUCAUCAUCGACGCAUCGAUCAUCGCGAAGAAGGCCGCAGUACGCCGACCCGAACCAACAAUUAGAUGAGGACUCGGCUUUACAUAGAUUGGCUGAUUUACAACACCAGCCUCCUAGAACUAAAAAAGCCCCUUCCCUUGUUGAGGCUUGGGAUUCGAACCAGGGUUUCCGGGACGAGAACUACCAGGAGGCUUCUUCUAUCGGUCUUGCUGAGCUUGGUACGUUGACGCAGAAGCGCCACGAGGCUUUGCAGGCGGAGGAGCAGAAUCUUAUACAACACCGAACAGUAGCGCAAUCCCACCAGGACUGGGUCGAGGAUUUGACCGAGAUUUUGGAUUUGAACCACCAAGAACAGGCCCACUUGGACGCUGAAAUUGAAGAAUUGUUGCAUGGCCGAAGCCGCUCAAAAAUCAUGAAGGGCGUACUGGUCACAUUAAUGCAAAGGAACCUGAAGAUGGCCAUGGUGACCUGGAAGGACCAGACGGGCUUCGGUGGGGGCGCCUUGAUCCAGGAACAAACGAUCAAAGAGCUAGAACGGCAAUUGGCCGAGGCCAUGGCCGCCCAUCAAAAGGUGGAGAAAGAAUAUGAGACGUCUAUGGCAAAUUAUUCGGCAAACGCCCUGAAGAACGCCAACGCCUCGACGUACAAAUUGAUCUUAAAUGUAUUCGGCAAGCUCAUGGGUGAUUAUAGCAGGACGUACUUUGCUACGUGGAAGAAGAAGUCCGACGAAUACGCAGAAUAUCAGAAGAGGUGGGGCCGCUUCUUCAAGCGUGCUCUCAAUAUAAAGAUGGCCGCGGGGUUUCAGGCCUGGGUCACGUUUUAUCGGUUCACGCAGCUGCCGCCCGAGGAAGCUCUCGCGCACGUGCGCGCCCAGAUGGCCAAGUACAAAGCCGAGAUGGAGGCCCAAAAAGCGUCGGAACAGGAGGCCAUCGCGAAACUACAGCGCGAGCUGAUGGAGGCCGAGGAAGGGAGUUGUCGGAGACUGUUAAUCAGGGUCGUAUCACGCUUGUUAAAUAUGAAGGCCUGGUACGGCUUCAAGCGGUGGCUUUCUAGGGUAGCGCUGUACAAACAUCAACGGAAGCUGGUCGGGGGCUUCAUCAGUCGGUUCGAAAACAUGAAUUUUAGUAAAGGGUGGAACAGCUGGAGAGCAUAUGCGAGAGCGCAUCAGGAGAACGAGAUCAACGCGGGCGCUAAUGCUAUUCGGGAUGAUAUUCGAUUGAAAGAGCAACAAUUGGAGGAUACGAUUGCUCAGUUACGGGCUCUCGAGCCCGACGUGGAACAGAUGCGCGACUCCAUCAAACUCCAACACGAAGCCUCGAAGCGCGUGGCGUUGGCCAUGCCCGAUGUGGCCAAGAAGCUCGCGGAGCUGGCCAACGUCAAGUAUAGACCGCCGCCGCAACCCGCUCCCGUGACGCCUGCUGCGGUCCAUAAAUCUCGUCGAGGCGGCCCGGGCCCCUCCAUGCCUUCAAGGGGAGGCGGUCCGGCCUACGGGAGCCCGGGACCGAAGCCCCGGUCCCGGUCGCGCGACCCUACGGUCUCGAGCCUGAACCGGUCGCGCGACUUCCCGGCGCCGAUCCAGACCCAAAGUUAUGGAAGUCCGUCGAAGCGCAUGACGCCCAAGGAGUCCGAUGGGAUGUUGCUCACCUUCUUACGGCACGCCCACGAGGCCGACACGCUCGAGGAGGUCUUCAUGGCCGACUUGAGGGCCCGCGUGCCGAACUUUGAUAAAUAUCAGCGGAAGAUGCGGACGCUCGCUGAAAAUGGCGACCGGCGCUACGCCGCGGCGGUGGAGGCCUUCGAGCUGCUCGGCGACGCGCGGGACCUCUGGGAGAACAUCGACCUUAUCCAGGGCCCCGACGACGUCUUCAGCCACGACCCCUACCUGCGAUAGAAUAGGGGAGUAAGACUACAAGACUAGUUA